AUGAUCAUAGAAGGAAAACAUUCAGAGGUUGGGCAAGGUAUUUUCAUAUCAGAUAUUCAAGAAGGAAGCGCUGCUCAUCAGGCCGGUCUUAAUGUUGGUGACAUGAUCUUAGCUGUAAAUAAGGAUACUCUUGUGGGGUCUAACUAUGAAACUGCUGCAUCACUCCUAAAAAAAACGGAAGGUGUAGUCACACUGGUCGUAUGUAAUCCCAAUAGAGCUAGAGAAGAAGAAAAGAAGUAUGGUGAUAUUCCUUUAGCAAGUCCUAGUACCAGUACAAGUGGAAUUUUAGCAUCGACCUCAAAGAAUGAUAAAGGUGGACAUUCACAAGCUGGAACACCUAGUGAGUUUUCUAUUUUUUCUGUAACAUAA